AUGGAGGACCAGAAAGAGGCUCUGAGGAAGAUCAUCACGACGCUGGCUGUGAAAAAUGAAGAGAUCCAGAGUUUCAUUUACUCCCUCAAGCAGAUGCUGCUGAACGUGGAGGCAAACUCGGCCAAGGUGCAGGAGGACCUGGAAGCCGAGUUCCAGUCCCUCUUCUCCCUCCUGGAGGAGCUGAAGGAGGGCAUGCUCAUGAAGAUAAAGCAGGACCGUGCCAGCCGCACCUAUGAGCUACAGAACCAGCUGGCUGCCUGCACGCGAGCCUUGGAGAGCUCGGAGGAGCUUCUGGAGACGGCCAACCAGACCCUGCUGGCCACUGACAGCAAGGACUUUCCCCAGGCUGCCAAGCAAAUCAAAGAUGGUGUGACAAUGGCCCCCGCCUUCCGGCUGUCACUGAAAGCCAAGGUCAGCGACAACAUGAGUCAUCUCAUGGUGGACUUUGCACAGGAGCGGAGGAUGUUGCAGGCACUCACGUUCCUGCCUGUGCCUAGCGCCCCUGUGAUCGACCUUGCCGAGUCCCUAGUGGCCGACAACUGUGUAACCUUGGUGUGGCGCAUGCCAGAUGAGGACAACAAGAUUGACCACUUCGUGCUGGAAUAUCGGCGGACCAACUUUGAGGGCCCGCCCCGCCUCAAGGAGGACCAGCCCUGGAUGGUCAUCGAGGGGAUCCGGCAAACGGAAUACACCCUGACCGGUCUCAAGUUUGACAUGAAAUACAUGAAUUUCCGUGUGAAGGCCUGUAAUAAGGCAGUUUCAGGCGAGUUCUCCGAGCCAGUGACCCUGGAGACACCAGCGUUCAUGUUCCGCCUGGAUGCGUCCACAUCCCACCAGAACCUGCGGGUGGAUGAUCUCUCCGUGGAGUGGGACGCCAUGGGCGGGAAGGUGCAGGAUAUCAAAGCUCGCGAGAAAGAUGGCAAGGGGCGGACGGCGUCUCCCGUCAACUCCCCAGCCAGAGGUACUCCAUCUCCCAAGAGGAUGCCUUCGGGUCGCGGGGGACGGGAUCGCUUCACAGCUGAGUCCUACACGGUUCUGGGGGACACGCUGAUUGACGGCGGGGAACAUUACUGGGAGGUGCGCUACGAGCCAGACAGCAAGGCGUUUGGCGUGGGGGUGGCCUACCGUAGCCUGGGUCGCUUCGAGCAGCUGGGCAAGACGGCUGCGUCCUGGUGCCUGCACGUCAACAACUGGCUGCAGGUCAGCUUCACUGCCAAACAUGCCAACAAGGCCAAGAUGCUGGACGCCCCCGUGCCCGACUGCCUGGGUGUGCACUGCGACUUCCAUCAAGGCCUCCUGUCCUUCUACAAUGGCCGCACCAAACAGCUGCUGCACACCUUCAAGGCCAAGUUCACACAGCCGCUGCUCCCGGCUUUCACGGUGUGGUGUGGCAGCUUCCACGUGACGACCGGCCUGCAGGUCCCCAGCUCCGUGCGUUGCCUGCAGAAGCGGGGCAGUGCCACUAGCAGCUCCAACACCAGCCUCACCUAG